GAAACCUACCGUAUGUCUUUUCCAGCAGACUGUAAGCUACUGGAGUGAAUCUUGUCUGUAUUUGGUUCAGGGGUGAUUUUUUUUUCUACUUCUGAAAACUGAGAAGACAACAGCCAGGAUGAGCUACAGGGAUUAUAAUUUAGAUUCAUACAUUAUCCGGUACGAGGACACUUCAGUGUUUUCAUCGUGGUAUGUGAUCUUUGGAAUUGUAUUGGCUGUGGUUGUCUUGCUCCUCCUCAUCAUCUGCUGCUGCUGCUGUCCCUGCUGCUGCCUCUACCACAUGUGCUGCAAGCCGCGACCUGUGGUUGGCACCACCACCCACACCACAGUGGUGACCUCCACCCCUCAGCAGUACCCCCAGCAGACUGUGUCGAUGCACACGCCCCCCCAGCAGUACCCGGGGGGACAGUUCCAGCCUCCCCACCAGCCCAUCCCGAUGCAGCCCGGCUACCCAGCCCAGCCUUCAGCUGGUCAGCCGUACGGAGCAGGACCUCCACCAACGUACCAGGAAGCCAUCGGUCCUAUGUACCCCUCCCAGCCUCCCUACCCCUUACAGCCCGCCGCCAAGCCGCAGGCCAACGCUCCCCCCGCCGGCCCGGACUUCCUGGCUCAGCCCGCCUACAACCCGGACUACGUAGCUCUGCCUCACCAGACCGGAUAG